CCUGCGAGCACGGAUCUCCAGAGAAGCUCAGUCCGUGGGAAGCCCCGCCUACGACAGUCUCGCUGCCUGGCUUGCAGAGAUUUGGGCUAUUUGGGGAACCCGUGAACGAGGAGUGGGCACUGAGCAUGGCGACGGGCUCCUCCUUGCUGCUUUGCUCGGCGCUGCUGGCCGUGGGGUGCGCGCUGGGCCUGCGCCUGGGCCGCGGGCGGAGCGCGGUGGAGCGUGGGGUGCUCGCCUGGCUCUGUUACGAUGCCCUGGUGCACUUCGUGCUGGAAGGCGCUUUCGUCUACUUGUCUUUAGUAGGAAACGUUGCAGAUUCCCAAGGCUUGAUUGCAUCUUUAUGGAAAGAAUACGGCAAGGCUGAUGGAAGAUGGCUGUAUUUUGACCCAACCAUUGUGUCUUUGGAAAUUCUGACUGUUGUCUUGGAUGGGAUUCUGGCAUUGGUUCUCAUUUACGCCAUAGUCAAGGAGAAAUAUUACCGGCAUUUCAUACAGAUCACCUUGUGUGUGUGUGAACUCUACGGUGGCUGGAUGACCUUCUUCCCCGAGUGGCUUGUUGGAAGCCCCAACCUCAACACCGAGAGCUGGCUCUACUUUUGGGUCUACUUGCUGUUUUUUAAUGGCUUGUGGGUUCUGAUCCCUGGCCUGCUGCUGUGGCAGUCAUGGAUGGAGCUGAAGGAGACACAUUACCAAAGGGCCCACUUAGGGAAAAAGCACUUGUAAAUUCUCAAAACAUUCCAUGUGAAGUUCUGCUUUGUGAGUCAGAAUUGAUCAGAUAUUCCAAUAAAUACUUUGUUUUUCAGUGUUGUUCCAAACAGCCAUCACAGAUGGGUUGGAAGGUGGCAA